AUGGAAAGAAGGCUACAACGAUUAAAGCUAGGAAAAAAGUAUAGGACAUAGAUCCAGAGGGAUUAUUCUUCAUUUUUUGAGCCUGAUGGGAAACCUUUGCUUUAAAUAAAGCCAUUCAUAUUAUACAAAUAGGAAGGAGAUAUUGAUUAAUCUUUUAAGUAGUAGUAUGAAUUAUUGUGCUAAUUAUACUAAUCAACAAAACUAUUGUAGGUUGACUUCAAGGAAGUAGCAACUAAAUUGAGAACUAAAUUAGAAGGUAAGCCUAACCUAAAUAAUACUAAUACAUAAUGUAAUAACAUAGAAUUAAAAAGUAAAAAAAUCGGAAAAUCUACUUUAUUGAAUUCCCGUUUCUGUAAAUUUAAAUUAUUUAUGAAAAAUAAUAGAUUGAGGUAGACAUAAAUUCUAAUCGAAAAACUUGCUUAGAUUUCAAAUUAAAUGCUUUCAUUAUAAACAAAAUUUGUAGAAUUAAAUUUUGAAAACCAAAAAUCAAUAGAAAUAAAAAUAUUUAUUAACACUGAUCUUAUGUUAAAUAUUACCAACGAAGAGGAUCACAAAAAUGAUAAAAUCUAAGUCAAAAUGGAGAAUUCAGAUUCUAAAAUAGAAGAAACAAGGAUUUUGAAUCAUUCAUGUUUCUUUAAAAAUGAGUAAAUCAUUUUGAAUUAAAGAAAAUCCCUAACAUACAUUAAUGAAAAUUUAGAAUAAAAGCCUCCUUUAAUCAAUAGGUCAAAAAAAAUUAGUUUUAAGGAACUAGUAUAAAAAAUUGAUCUAGAAAAUAAACUAAAUGAGAAAAAAUAAUCAAAUAUGUAAAAAUUAGGGUCAGAAAUUAAAAAUCAAGAGUAAAAAUUAAAUAACUACACAUAAAUAAAAUAGGAAGAGGUCAUUAUAAAUAAUCAAGAUUAUCUGAUACAAAACGAAGAGCAAUAAAAAAAAGAAAAAUAAUCAUUUUAUCCUUAAGAUCAAUAGGAAGUGGAAACUCCUGAUAAAAUACAAGGAAUUACAAAUAAAGCAUCAGGUAUUGAAAAUACUAGAAUGGAUUAUGACAGCAUAAGUAAAGAAAAAAAAUCAACAAUAAUAAAUAUAGACUUUUAAGAUAAUACGUUUGAUGAACAAGAUAGUUGUCAAAUUAUCUUUAUAAAUUAACCAAAUUAAUAAGACAAUCAGAAUGAAUUCAACUCUAAAAGAACUGGCUAAAAAGAUGUGGUAAAUAAUUAAGACCAAUAAGAUGUUCUAGAAAAAUAAAGGCUAUUAAGAGACGAAGAAAAUUCAAAUAGAUUACGGAUUAAGAUGAGAUUUUUACUCUUUAGAAAAUACAUUAAUUUUAUAAAGAAAACCUCUAAAGCGUCUUACGAUAGAGAUAUAAAUUUAAGAAACAAUAACGAUAAUUAGAAUGCUAAUAAUAAAGGGACAUAAGAGAACAAAAAUUAAGAGAUUUAACUCAAUUAAAGGUUUAGGAGAGAAAAAGAUAGCGAGAAAUAAAAAGGAAAAUCAAAUUAGAGAAAGAAUUAGAGGAGAGAAAAUCUAAAUAAAAAGAGAAAGAUAGGAUAAAUGAAAUGA